AGCUGGCGACAGCAUUUUAAUGAAGACAGAGAGAAAGAUACAAUAUGCAAUAUGAUACCUUCUCCCUUUCCUCACCUCCAUCCCAGCCGGGAAGGGCUGUGCCCAGCUCUGAGAACUGCUUUGCCUCAAACUCAGCUCUUUACCAGCGAACAGGUAUGACCACUUUCUUCAAAAGCUGUAGAAGAAAGUUGUUGAGGAGAUAACUAUAGCAACGUAUACUAGGGUGAAAGGGGAGGGAGAAUUUAUACAACUGGACGACACCGGGCCAAAUUUACUGGAAGGCUCAAGAUGGAGUCCUGUGAUUAAGUAUAAUGUAGCAGCCAUGGAGACCCAAUACCAUCAUUUGGUUAAUGAUUCAUAUUCUGUUAGAAAAUGGAGAGGAAGUUUGGUCCCAGCCCAGGUCAUGAUUCACACAGUAAGAGGAAAUGAUCAGACAUCGAUCUCCACUUGAUAACUGCCAACUGUUCUGUUUACAGCCUAAAGGACAAGACAAAGACUGAACUACCUGUAAACCAGUCCAGGCAAACUGAUGUCUCUUAUUCUUGAUGCCUUGAUGAUGAAAGAAUCUAGUGUCUCCCAACAUGGACAGCACGUGAUCCCUUUUUUCCAAAUGUACAACUUUAAUAUUUCCUGUAGGAGUUUACAAGGCUCCCAUAAAACUCAUCCACAUCACGGAGGUAGAAUUGAACUGCUCCCUUAGACCACAAGAAGUCUCAGGAUGCACAAAUGCUGCACUCAGGUCCCAGUUCACAGGCACUGCUGGGGUACAGACGCAGUACAGCCGGAAGAGCAGAGAGGUCCGUCUGAUACACGUCCCGGGAGGAGGCCCAGCGUGCUCAAGAGAAACCUAAGGCUGGGUCUUGGAAACCAAGAGUGAGGAGGAAGGCUAUGUGAUAUAAAGGAAGAAAGCACACACCUGGGACUCAGAACUUCAGUUAAAGGUGGAGCCAUGAGGAUGAAGCGUUUAUGGCAGCUCCAGUGACAAGGGCUGGUCCCACCUCCACCUGUUCACUGUGGGGACUGUGAGUGCAGCUGGUGGGGAAGAGGCAGGAGGACAGAGUAUAAGCCAAUGACUGUACAUUAGCCUCAAGUCCUUUUAAGCUCUAUUUGGACAAUCGAAUGAUUCAUCCUCUCUGUCUUCCUCUUUGAAUAAGUGGCUCGUGCCAUCAGAAUAUAUCUCUUGGAAGAAUACAGAGGUGUUGAUUAGGCAGUGUUAAAUGAAGUAUUAGCACACUGAUGAACUGGACAAUUAACUCAGAGCCAUGGAGAAACCCAAGCUGACAAAUUAGAAAGUGAUCUGAUGAUCCUGAAAGUGGUAACUGCUAAUUGCUUCAGGCAAUGUCUCCUUGUUUUUAUUAUGGGAUUCUCCCCACCCUCAUCCCUACCGCCCCCAGAGAAAUCCUAUGCUAAAUAGGAAACAAAACAAGCCCAGAAUGACUGUAGUUAGACUGACAUCCUGGUUGUGAGACCUUAGAAAAUUCGUUUAACCUUUGAGAUCUGAGACUUCAUAUAUCUUUAUGAGGAUCAAAUAAAGUGAAAUCUACACAUUGCAAAUUUAAAGAUAUUUUAAUUACAAUGGAAGAUUCUGGGAGACAAAAUUCUUAAGAACUAAAGAAAAUGUUUUCUAAUACAGCAUUUCACCUAUCAUGAGAAGUAGCAACUCUCAAGUCAGAAGCGCUUUCUCGGUGUCCCUUAAAUCAUAUGAUAUUUCCAGUUUCCAAACUUGGAAGACCUGGUGUUUAGAUUGCUCAGAGCAUUCCUUUCGUUGGAAGAUGGAGGAGGAACAAGACAUCUCCUCCCUCCUCCGGAACGGGCAGAGGGCUACGCUCCUUUCUGCAGAGCUGGGAAGAUGUGGGGACAGCCCUGGGAGUGGUGAUUACUGACCAGAGGAUGAGGCAGCAUCACUGUGUUCCAACUCACAGGACAGCAUCCCUGUGGCGGGAGGCCCUGAAGUCUGAACCAGCGCCAUGGAGGGCUCUGUGCUGAGCCCCACGUCCUGGGAGAGGCGACGGGCCUGGCUCCGACAGAGCCGGCACUGGCAGACCCAGGUCCUGGAAGAGGACGCUGCCGCAGCCCUGCAGGGUGUCCCAGAUCCCGAGCCUUCUGGCCUGGAUGAUGUUUUCCAGGAAGGGAAUCCAAUCAACAAGAUUGAAGACUGGCUGCAGGAUUGUGGAUACUUUGAAGAAGGGUUUUUUGAGGAAGCAGGACAGCCGAUCCACAACGGGUGCCCCAGCCAUGGAACCAGCUUUGAAGAUGACUUGACCCUCGGAGCAGAAGCCACACUGUUGGCCGCCAACAGCAAACUCUUCUCCAGGAGCUUCCUGGAGACAGCCCGGCCUGGGCAGCUACUGGAUCUUGGCUGCAGUUUGGCUUCCAGUAGCAUGACUGGUGGGACCAACAAGACUAGUUCAAGCAUCUCAGAGAUUCUGGACAAGGUGCAAGAAGAUGCAGAAGAUGUCCUUUUCAGUCUGGGCUUUGGCCAGGAGGACCACAAAGACACUUCUCGAAUUCCUGCCCGAUUUUUCACCACUCCGUCUCAGGCCAAAGGCAUUGAUUUCCAGCUCUUCCUGAAGUCCCAGGUGCGGAGGAUUGAAAUGGAAGACCCGUGCCUCAUGCUGGCCAGCAGGUUUAAGCAAGUGCAAACACUGGCCGUCACCGCCGAUGCCUUCUUCUGUCUGUACUCCUACGUAUCUAAGACCCCUGUCCAAAAGUUCACACCAUCCCACAUGUUCUGGAAUUGCAACGCAACUGAUGUGCCAUCCAUCAAGAUUCUGGCCCCAGAACCUGAACCUCACUCACCCAGAGAGCGCCUCCGGAAAGCCAUCUCCAAGAUGUGCCUGUACACGUGCCCACGAGAUAGGCUAUCACCACCCGACCACACCCCCAAAAGGAACAGUUUAGACCAGGUGGUGUGGGAAGUGAUGGACAGAGUGCGAGGAGAGAAGUUGGUCCUCCAGCAAGACCCUGGGUUUGGGCCAGUCCCACAGGGAGAUCCUGUGCCCCCCAUCAGGGGCACAAAGCUGCCCACUUCUUCCUGUCCAUGUGCCCUCUGCUUUAAAGAGGAAACACAGCAGGGGAUGUCCACAUUGCAAGAACCAUCAGAAACUCUGGAUUCUAACCCCUGUUGCACACAUUCUCUGCCCAGAGCAGAUCUACAGUGGAGCACAGACCCUGCACAGGUAAAGAGACAGCUGUGGGGUCUACAAGCCACCAGUAAGGAAGCCCAUUCAGCCAAGGAUGAGACCUUCUGGAAAAGAAAGAGCAGAGCAAGAAAGAGUCUGUUUCAGAAGAAUCCCAUGGGCAGGAAGGUUAAAUCCCUGGACCUGUCCACCAUCCAACAGAAAUGGAAACAGGGCCAAGAGAGAACAGAACUGCACCGAUCUCUAACCCAGCAGCUGCAGGACACUUUGGUCUUGGAGGUGCAAAGCAACAGUGAGGAGGAAGAGAGCCACUGGCCCAGCAGAUCCAGAAACCACCACCUCUACCAGACUUUUGCUGGCAAAGACUCAGGAAGCUUUUACCACCACCACAGCACGUGCUCUGACAGCAGCAGCUUCAUAGAAGAGCCUAACUCCCACCUCCUCUUGCAGGAGGCUGUAUGGCCUCCAAUAUCCAGCUCCUGCUCUCUGGCCCUACAGACUCCUAAUCUCAGUAGGAGAAAAGCAGCCUGGUACACUGGACAGAAGACCAGAGUAAGAGACUUGGAAUCUCCAUCCUGAUGCUAUCAUGAACAGCAUGCACAGAGACAGACCUUAGGCAGUCACUUCAUUUCUCUUUGGUUUUUCUACUCUGUGGGUAUUAGAAUACAUGAUCUACAUGAUAGGGACAGUGGUAACCUGGACAAAUACUUAAUUUUCUCUCAAGCUUUGACACUGCCUAGGACAGUUAGAAGAUUUAAGGAUGAUCAAAUUUGGGGAACAAGGGUUGCUACUGGAAUACUCUCAAAGGGCUCAAGCUAAAUGAGGAAGCACAAAUCCCACUUUCAGGCCCUGAAACCUUGGUGCAGCCUACAGUAGGAUUCCCUCUGAGCCUCUAUUCAUCCCUCUGUGCUCCCAAUUAAAUUCCAGGAAGUCUUCCACCAUA